AUGGUGGGCACUGCGAAAGCACAUGGUUUCAAAAGUAUACAUCCAAUGGAUCAAAAUGAUCUAUGGAGCCACGAGCCAUGUGCAAACUGCGGCAGGGCAGUCAAAACUAUUCUGCAUAAAGAACGGCGUACAUCAGGAAUCGAUGCUCCUCUAAUCUUCAUCGCAGUCGCGGAUGCAGUGACGAAGGGCCUCAAGCGACAGCCUCCACGGGCUCUCCUGUAUGCAGACGAUGUGGUGUAUGGCAGAAAACAGAAGAACUUGGAGGAGAGAGAGGGAGGUCAAACCUCAGAAACCUUAAUCAUCGAUGAGAAGCCAAUCAAGAAAACGAGUACCUUCACAUAUCCAGGAAGUCGCAUCUCUGGCGAUGAAGGAUUCCAAAGUGAAAUAUCUGCCGGAACAAACGCGCAUCCUGGAUGA